AUGGCGACUGCAGUGAACGAGUCGGAAGUCUCUCGCCAAGAUGAGGAGCAGAACACAACCAUAGCCACCGGGUUCGUUCAAGAGAAAGUCCCCCCCGGUCCUCUCGAUUUCGAGGAAGCACCCGACGGCGGUGCUAGAGCCUGGCUCGUUGCGGCGGCGGGUUCUUCGAUCUUCUUCUGUUGCCUGGGCGUCUCAAACGCAUUCGGCGCCUUUGCACAGUACUACUCAACACACCAGCUCCGUGAUGAAUCGCCGGAUAACAUCGCCUGGAUUGGAUCCCUGUCGGCCUUCCUCCAGUUCGCGGCGGUGCAUGGUCGGAGGACCGUUGUUAUCCGGCCGGCUGCGGUUGCUUACAUCUUCGCCAUAAUGAUGCUAAGCCUGUGCAACAAGUAUUGGCAAGUCAUGCUCGUGCAGGGAGUCCUAAUGGGCAUCGUCAUGGGCCUCCUACAAUUUCCGGCUUUCGCAGCAGUGUCGCACUACUUCGAUAAGAAACGAGCGGCGGCCUUCGGCGUGGUGGUGUCCGGAUCAUCCAUCGGCGGCAUCGUCAUCCCCAUUGCCCUGUCAAAGAUGCUGAACAGCUCUUCUCUGGGGUUUGGGUGGUCGGUGCGAGUCAUCGGCUUCCUCAUCACGCCCAUCCUAGUUUUCGCAUGCGUCGCCAUCCGGGCUCGCCUGCCAUCAAGGACAAGCACCUUCUGGAUCCCUGCGGCGUACAAGGACGUCAAAUUCCUCCUCAUCAUCGCCGCCUUGUUCUUCAUCUUCAUCGGCAUGUUCACCCCGCUCUUCUUCAUCCCGAUAUACGCCGUCACGAGAGGCACGGACCCGACGCUGGCCGGCUACCUGCUCGCCAUCGUCAACGCGGCUUCGACAUUUGGACGCAUCAUCCCGGGCGUGCUGGCGGAUAGAUACGGGCGGCUGAACGUGUUCGCAUUUGGCGGGAUAUCCACCGGCAUCGUCGUCUUCUGCUUGAACUCGACGACGACCAAUGCGGCGCUGAUCGUAUACUCGGUUGUCUUUGGUUUCGUGUCGGGGACUAUCAUCUCAGGGGCUUCCGCAUCCAUCUCCAUCUGCACCACAGACGCCCGGGACAUGGGGACGUACAUGGGAAUGGGCAUGUCCAUCAGCGCUCUGGGGGUCUGAUAGGCCCUCCGGUGAAUGGCGCCAUCGUCGACAGGUACGGGGGCUUUUUGCAGUUAUCCAUGUUCAGUGGAGCUAUGUGCCUCUUCGGUGGCUGUAUUGUGCUUGUGACCAAGGCCGCAACCCCUCAGGGUAUUCUGGGGAGGGUAUAGGAAAGGGAAGGCCUUAGAGAAAGCUUAAGUCACACUGAUGGCAUGCUGCAAUAGAAGCCACUGUAGCCUUGUGAUAAACUCAAGCUUCCGGAGGAGGAAGCGAGGGCAAAACAGCGCCAUACGAUACUAGGGUAUUGUAGCUAGGGUACCUGGGUUGGCACGCUUAUCGGACUCCACCCUCCCUCCUCUGCGCUCCUUCUCCCUCCCAUCGUCGCACAUCCACAGCUCCAUGCAGUCACCCUGUUCACAUGCACUGGGAAUAUAUAAUUACAUUAG